AAGUGACUUGUUCCAGCGUUGUUCCUUCCUUCCACUGCAAUCUUCUCUCCUCUAAUACUAUAUAUUAACUGUAUCAUUAACUCACCUUAAACAGCAAUGGAAAAGGGAGAAGGUUCUAGUGCUGCUAAAUUUCCUGAAGAUGAAGUCUGGGCUAAACUCAUACCGACGGACUCUCGCUAUUCAGAAAUUGAGUUAAGGUUGAAGCAGACGGGAAUAUGCGGUGAAGAGAAGGGUUCUUCUUCUGAGAAGCAAGAAUGGUGUAAGAUAACAAGGAAUGUGGAUCUAGUUUCUGCCAUGAUGCAAAAUAAGAGUUCGAAAGAAAUUCUUGUUGAUGGGACAGUUGUUCAGGAUGAGCAUGCUGCUGUAAUUAAGUGUGGCAGUGAAAUUUCACUGGGUCCCUGUGAGGAAGGUUCUGUGAAAUACCGAUUCGAAAUGAUGCCUACUGAGGAAUCUCGCAGAUAUAUACAGGUUUCUCUCGACGUUGAAUAUGCAAAAUGCUGCAUCUGCUUAAAUAUCUGGCAUGAUGUUGUCACAGCUGCACCUUGCCUUCACAAUUUCUGUAAUGGAUGCUUUUCAGAGUGGCUAAGGAGGUCCCAAGAGAGGCGUUCAAGUGUUUUAUGUCCCCAGUGCAGAGCAGUUGUACAGUUUGUUGGAAGGAACCAUUUUUUGCAUAACAUUGAGGAAGAUGUGCUGCUUGCUGAUCCUUCUUUGAAACGCUCGAGUGAAGAUACUAAGCUGCUUGAUUCCUGUGCAUCAAUAAAAUCACCUCUUGUCCUCAACAGUAGAAAAAGUCGCCGCAAGAGGGAACGUUCUCCAUCAGAUACAGCAGAUAGAUGGGAGCAUUCAUGCCCUCAGUGUGACACCGAACUGGGAGGUUAUCGGUGCAAUGAAAGCACGGUUCAUCUUCAAUGUCAAGCGUGUGGUGGAAUGAUGCCCUCUCGAUUAAACAUUGGAGUGCAACAACACUGUUUGGGAUGUGAUCGAGCGUUUUGUGCUGCUUAUUGGCGUUCUCAAGGAGUCAAUGGAAGCAAUUCACAUCCACUCUGCAGUCCAGAAACGUUCCAGCCUAUUGCAGAACGUACAAUUACUAGAAUCCCCUCCUUGGCACAUGAGAAGAAUCAUUUUGAACAAAAUAUCACGGAAAGAUGCAUUAGACAGAUGGGAAGGUCGUUGCAAGAUGUGGUAGCUGAUUGGAUUUUGAAGUUUGAUAAGCGGGAGAUAGAUCGCACAAUGAUGCCUUUGAAUCAUUCGGAGAUGAUAACUUCUCGUACAUAUACUUGUAGUGACUGCUACGACAAGUUAGUUUCAUUCCUUUUGUAUUGGUUUAGAGUUACAAUGACAGGACUUCUUUUACCUUCAGGGGAAGCUCAAAGGGAAAACUGCUGGUAUGGAUAUGCUUGUCGCACACAGCACCAUAACCAAGAACAUGCUCAGAAGAGAAAUCAUGUCUGCCGGCCAACAAGGGGUAAUCAUAUGUAGGAAUUCUGCAUCUAGUUUUCUGUUUGAAAUUUCUGCUUCAGGUGAUUAAUGUAGUUAUGUUAAUCCCAUAGUCUUGAAUUUGGUUCUACUUUUGCGAUUCUCGUCUAUGAUUGAACUAUAAGCAUCUGAUGUUUUUCU